UCAGUGAUCUAUAGUUUGUACUUUGUGGUCACUGUUUUGUUGACAAAAAUCAAGACUUUUAAACUUUUUCUCUUUUUUAAUAUUUUGAGAGAUAUUGAACAAACAUGGGAAAAACAUCAAAAGAUAAGAGAGACAUUUAUUAUAGGUUAGCUAAAGAGGAAGGAUGGAGAGCAAGAAGUGCAUUUAAACUGAUGCAAAUAAACGAUGAAUACAAAAUUUUGAAAGGCGUAGAGCGUGCUGUGGAUCUUUGUGCAGCACCAGGUAGCUGGAGUCAAGUUUUGAGUAAGGGGCUAAGACAAAACGCGGACAAUGUAGAUGAUGUUAAAAUAGUAGCAGUUGAUUUGCAAGCAAUGGCUGCUCUGCCAGGCGUCAAACAAAUUCAGGGAGACAUAACCAAACUUUCGACUGCAAACGAGAUUAUUAAGGAGUUUGAAGGCUUAAAAGCUGAUUUAGUCGUUUGUGAUGGAGCACCAGAUGUUACUGGCCUUCACGAUAUUGAUGAGUAUGUGCAGUCCCAGUUACUGUUAGCUGCUCUGAAUAUAACCACACAUGUACUGAAAAUUGGUGGCGUCUUUGUAGCCAAAAUAUUUAGAGGAAAAGAUGUAACACUGUUAUAUUCCCAAUUAAAACAGUUUUUUGAGCUGGUUACAGUUACCAAGCCUAAGAGUUCUAGGAAUUCAAGCAUUGAAGCAUUUGUAGUGUGUCAAAAUUACAAUCCACCACCAGGAUAUAUUCCUACUAUGGUCAAUCCCCUAUUAGAUCAUAAGUACUGUGACUUCAAUCAAUUUACAGGUGUGAACAGGUUUAUAGUCCCUUUCAAUGCCUGUGGUGACAUCAACGCUUAUGACUCGGAUACAUCUUAUCCACUACUAUUGGAAGGACAGGAGCAUUAUGAAUAUAGAGAACCAGUACAAAGCCCUAUCGAUCCUCCAUACAAAGACAUAUUGGAUAAGACAAGAAAUAAAUAAUUUUUGGUUCAA